GUCCGUUCCAAGAUAUCCGACCACCACGACUCCGCGCGAGACUUCCGCUCCGCUUCGGUGGGUCCCGGCUCGGUUAGUGUGGCAAGUGGUGGUAGUACUAGCGGUGUUCCCCAGAAAGGUGACAGAUUUCUUGGGAAAAUCUUCAAGUGGUCUAAAAAGUCGUAAUUUCUUUGGGUGGAGGGGGCGCAGUUCCCCUAGCCCCAAGACUAGUAUGGCCUCCCAUACUGGUGUGCUGAAGGAUUAUGGUCAUAGUAGUUUAAACGAGGCUUUCAAAUCCCACAACAAUGUCAACUUUAAGUUGAUUAAAACUGUUUCCGAUUUCACCGAAACCCUUUCCCAUUUGUACGAGGAACAUGCAAAUGCCCUUCAAACCCUUGUCACCAACUACCGUAUCAAGAAUGCUGAACUUAGGAAAGAGAGGCCCGCCUGCCAUUUAUCGAUUUUCCAAGCAUGGGAAACAUUCCUGCAGGAAGUUGAGACAGACUCCCAAUCAUCGAACGAUGUUGCUCACGCUCUAUUUCGUCAGGUGUCAAGACCACUGCUCGACAAAUCCUUUCAUCGUAAAGUCCAAAGCCGGAAAAUAUUUACACACAGAGAGUCCUUUGAAACGAUCAUUGCCAAGACUGAAGAGAAAUUGUCAAAGUGCCGUCUCGACUACAAGCAAUGCUAUAUGGCACACCGUCAAAGUGCUACCCCACAAUCGCUAACUGAAUACAUAGAUGCCCACAAUGCGUACGUGCAACAAUUGCAUGCCACAAAUGCCAUGCUCGAGACGUUCCAGUGUGAGACGGUGCCACAGCUGAUGCAGGAACUGGAGGACAUCCACAACGACUUAUGCAGUAUUAUUGCCGACUCAAUACAACAAGGCGCUGAUGUGAUAGCCAACAAGGCAUCUGAUCAGGCUAGCCGGUACUCAAAUUUAACCAGCCAGUGUGCGAAUGUUUCUCCUGUUCAGGAUUUAGUAAAUUUUGUGCGAAUCCUGCCGCCAAUACCAGCUAUCGCCCAGAGAGUACAAAAACGGCCGUUUGCUCCCCCGGGCCCGGUAGAUCAAGAGGAAAAUGCGGACAAUAGCGAUGUGGCGCCACUACUACGCAACGAAUUGAUUUUUGAUCGUCAUUCGUCGGUAUCACUUCGAGCGGCAUUGGAAUCCUUGAAAAGAGAGGCACUGGAUUUGGAAAUGCAAAUUAAACAGCUACAGGACGCCAUUGAUAUCUUAAGCCGCCAACAAAUACGUGGAAUUGAGGGGCAGUUAUUCAACAAAGUCAACGAAACGCAGGAGGACCUUUCAAUGAGCAAAUUUGAUUUACGUGCCAAACAAUUGCAUCUCUCUGCUAUUCGAGCCCAGAAAGAGCUGUUCGUGAGCAAACUCGACCCGGGGUCACCGCGCGGCGAACGUAAACUUUCAGCAGUCACUGCGCCAUCGAUGAAAACAAAGUGGCUGAAGGCAAUUAAAAGCUUAAAACCGGCAUCAGGUUCAGCAGUUCAAUCGGACAGACGCAAUGGUGCAGGAAGCUCCUCACAACCAGUACGACCUAAUGAAGACGGUAGUCAUCACCUGCAGGAAUACACAUAUAAGAAGAUAACAGCCUGUGAUGUCUGCUCUCAAAUUUUACGAGGUCAUACACGGCAAGGUCUACGCUGUCGAAUUUGUAAACUAAACGCUCACGGCGAUUGUGCCUCUCAAUUACCACGCUGUCAGCCCAAACAAAAGCUUUUGAGACGCCAGAAAAGCACAUCGGAAUUGGAAAACCGCGUUGACGUCGAAGAGGAAAAACUCACCGAUAUCGAUCAAGUGUAUCGGAUUUUAAAACAAGGCGGAGAAAAUAAAAACGCCAACACCAUUGCAGCUGAUAAAUCCGUCCAGAGUACAGCAAAAGAUGGCCUGUCGCAUACUGAUAUUCCCAUUGUAAACGUACCCGAAUAUCCCGAACGCAGCGACCGUCCAAUAGCCAUGGGUGCUGCCAGUUCAUCAGCAAGUGGUCGGGGUGUUCGUAGCGGAGUUCGACCACCGCCGGUACAUAUGCCCAUUCUCGGAGUGCAACUGCAGCAACAGGAAUUGUCACAGCAGUGGAGUGGCGGCAUCUCCAGCUCGGCAGGAGGAGGACUUCCAGUGCCUGCACAAGACAUAUCUAGUAGUUCAGGUCCUUUAUGUGAAAAUCGAAUUUUAGUAGAUUGUCGUCUUGUCAGAGAAUUACCUUCAGUGGCGAAUAUGUCAACGGCGGCCUAUUUAAGCGGGGGCAUAGGCAUUAAUUAUUAUGCGACAUCAGCAACCAUUAUGAAUUCGGGUGCGGCCACAGGAGCUUCGACGGCUCCAACAUCUGCCAUGUACACUCAACAGCAAUCUCGGUAUUCCUUUAUGCCGGGACUACAACACCAACUAGCAACAACAGCAACAAUACCAACACAGCCAGUUUCCGCUGAUCCCAGCCUGCGAAGACGCCUCUUCGCCGGCUUUCGUCCAAUGUCUGGAUUGGGGCGCUCUCGUUCACGUUCAUCUCAACAUCGUUCAAUAUCAUUGCCAGAAACUCCCCAUUCGCCAAGAAGACAAAAGUUGAAUUUGCGCAUGAAAUCGCUGAGCUUGGACUCGCCCGAAUCAUCGGAGUUACAUGGACAAAUCCGACGUCGACAACCCCCUGUACCCGGUCCAGCGACGGGAGCCACUACCAGUUACUAUCACGGAGGUUCUGGUGGUCACUUAGAGCACAGUACACCGCCAUCAAACAAUAGUCGUUUGCAUUCACCAUCAAGUCCAUCUCAUCAAGGACGUAAGCUGCUUUAUGCCAGUCGGGGAAUGCGUGGAGGCAGUGUCGAUUUGCCCGACGAAAUGGAGAAGUCUCAGUCAUCGGCCAGUACAUCGCCGUGUCCCUCCCCAGUAAGACAUUUUCAGAAAUCGCACCGACUGCUGCCAACUAAUUUAUACGUUAUUCUGUACAACUUUAAGGCUCGACAUGCUGAUGAAUUGGAUCUAAAGGCCGGUUAUAAGGUUACUGUCAUCGACACUUCAGAUCCCGACUGGUGGAAGGGCAAGGUUUUGGGACGUGUUGGAUACUUCCCAUCGAAAUAUUGUGUGCGCUUGAAUGCCAACGAAAAACCAUUGCAAGUGACUCACAAUUUGCAGGUUUCGGAUGGGGAACGUGGCGAAAACAUGACACUUCUACGAGAUCAAAUUGUAAUCCAGACGGGCGAUGAAGUUAACGGAAUGGUCAUGGUGCGAUCUGCUGACAAUCGUCAGGGAUAUUGCCCCAUAAAAUAUUUGCAAGAAGUGUGACAGCCAGAAGAGCCGUCUAGCGAACGCGACAAACAGCCCCACAAGUCGUCAUUGUCUUCCAAGGCUGGGGACAGGGGCAGUCGCCGAAUUCGCAUCGUUGUUACGGACAGUAAUGGUGGCACUCAGACCACAUAUAAGAACAUCAGGGACAGAGAUAGAGGAGAGCCCAAAAACACGAAUGUCGACUAUAAUGGCGAUUACGAUAUGUCAAAGACCUUGACGUUCUGCUUGGAUGGCAGCGGACGCAGUAAAAACGAUAAGAACUGGGAGAAUUGGGAACGAAUUCGCGAGCAGAAAUUGGAACGAAUGAAGGGUAUUUGCUUCGAGAGUUAUCGUCAAUCGAAAAGAGAUAAAAUGCAUCUGGCCAAACCGAAGCCACGACAGCUGGAUCCAAACUGGUACACGGACAACAUUUAUUCUAACCGCUCCGAAGAUCUGGACGAUGAGUUUAUACCGGAAUGUCUGAAAUAUGGAAGAGUUGGAAAACUAAGAAAUAUACGCGAGACCGAUGAAUUAUUUCUGGAAAACGAAUUGGUGGGGUCUGUUUAUGAAAGUGGUGGAGGCAGCGGUGGCAUGAGGGAACGGAGAGGAGAGGGGGAAGGUUCGGCUGGAUAUGGACUGCAGCGAUCGAUCAGCUGUAAGGAGUUUCAUUACCCGAAAUCGCAAAGUUGUUCCUUUGCCGACCGUAGCUUUGGCGAGGGUGUGGGUGCUUCGCCCCCGCCACCUGCCCCCUCUAUACCACACGCCCCCAUGACAUCGAUUUUAAAGAACAAAGCGAAUGUGCCAAAAUCCUAUUCGUUCAGCGCUUCGUCGAAAACAACUCCUUUUGAUGUAAUGGAUUAUGAAGUGCCACAAUCGGUAGGGAAAUCCCGACGGGAGCGUCAUGAAGCAUUUCGCAAAUCUAUGGGUUACCAUUGCAGUAAUAGUUUGGAUGAGGCCGCUCUGUCUUCAGCACAAGAUUUGCACGUGUGUUGUGCCCGUGAGCGCUGCACGAAUGCCAGGUGCUUACUGGAUGACAUAUAUUCGGACAGCUAUGCUACGGCUCCGCGAAGGACCUGGCGAAGGAUUGCUCCUUCGUCAUCGUCGAUAUCUGGCAUCUAUGGUGCUGAUGUCAGUGGUGGUAGCAGCAGAAGCAUACACGAUUUAGACUGGUGGGAGGAUCGAAGUAAUCAUCGUGUGGCAACGGCUUCUCGCUACUCGCUGCUUUCGGGCUCUGGACCACAUCGUGAGCAGCCUUUGCCGUCGCCACCUACGAUGAUCUGUUGUUGUGCCGCCAAUGACUAUUGCUGCCACCACCAACAGCAGUACCUUAUGGCCAGAACAUUACAGCAGCAACAACAGCUGCCAGCGGUUCCGCGUUCACGUUAUCACUGCCCCAGCCACCAUCCUGCAGCUGAAGAAGAAGAGCAUAUGCAUUGCAGAGCCGCAUCCUUCGACACUGAUCUAGAACACUUUAUACGUGACGAAAGGGACCGUCUCCUGAUGCAAGACAAAUUUUUGGACGAGGAUGAGCGUUAUUUGUCUUCAGAAGCUCCCAGACGGAACUAUACUUCUUCCUCCGCUUAUAGACGUCCGGCGAGAAGCAAGUCACUUCUUGAAGUGCAGCCGCCCAGUCGCUACGACGAGGACUCGUGCUCGGACACUACCGAAAUGGACUUGCAGGAUUUCAAUAUUGACUUGGAGAAAUACUGGGAGGAGUUGGAGAAACCACCUAGCCCCAUAGAUUUGGACAUGCAGCGCCGCAAUAUGCACAGUAAUCUGAAGGUGAAAAACGUUAGCGUUGGAUGUUACAACAAUGGCCAACCCAUAGAUUUACACGAUCGAGAACAGGAACGAAUGAUGAUCAAGAAAUCGCUGUUAGAAGGCAUGCCCUCGCCGCCGCAAGUUGAGCAUCACUCAACUUCUGCUUCACUGCCCACGGACACAAACAGUGCCUCGAACACUUUUCAUUUUUUUGAACCGCCAGGCUCACCCCUCCACCGCCCUUUCAACUAUGGCCAUAAAGUGUAUCCCGCUGCGGAAACGUUGCCAACCUAUCAAUACAACAACUUCUAUCAAGAAGACGUUCAAACCCAACAGCCCACCUCGUCCGGCCAUCCUUCGGCAAGUGGCCACUCAGCCCUAAAUCUCAUUAACAACAUUUUCUCCAUUUACAAGCCGAAUAAAUACGCUGCUCAAAACUCUCACUACAACAACGAUACCAAACCUGAGCCUUGCAAAAAAAUGAAUGUCCCCAGCACAAGACGACCCUUGGGCGCACCCCACUCCCAGUAUAUGCACUCCAUGAAACGACCACUGAUCGUAAGCACCGAGCAACCCCACUUCAAGAUCAUACCCGAAAAGACCGGUCUCAAGAUAUCUCCGUUUUACAAUUACAACGAGGACUUUGAAGACAAGCCCCAGACGCGUCUGAAGCUAACAAGUACUGCUCGCCCGCUGAUGCUUCCGCACUGAUGGUGCUGGACAUUUCCGUGGUAUGGGGGUUGCUAG